CUUCAUUACGGAGUACAUUUUUAUAUUUGCUGCCUCUACACAGAGUUAAAGCAUUGAAUUACACUAUCUUUAUUCAUAUCAACUUAGGGAAAAAAAAAAAGAAAGAAAGAAAGAAAGAAAAUGAAAUGAAAAGAAAAGAAAAUGAAAUGAAAUGAAAACGAGCAUUUUCGAGGAGGAUUGUACCGUGCGAACCCUACCUAGUUGGUCUAUAGAUAUCUCUCUACCUUCAGCAAACUGGUACUCUAUUGAUGAGUACUCCUUUGAUUACCGGGGAAAAUGCCAUGGAAAGUCGUCGGCAACGAGAAAAUACAGACUGCAUCUGCCCUACGAUGCUCGUUGAAACAUCCCAAAGCUAUAAAUUAUGACAUUCCCCGGACCCCGCCCUCCCUUGGACAGACACAGGUCAGCAAACUCAAACUCAACAGUUCGCAGAGGCUACCGGAGACCAUUCAUACUGCGGUUAGACUAGGAUAGAUAGUUAGAGGGUUGAACAGCGUCUCCCUACAAGUGACGACAUAUGAUGUAUCUGAUUUUGAAUCUGGGGUUGGAAUAAUAUCGUUGGUCGAAGCACUGGAAAUUCAACACAUGACAACAUGAGCGGGUGAAAAAUAAAAUUAAAUUAAAUUAAAAUAAUAAAAAUAAAAUAAAAUAAAAAAAUUCUGACGCCUAAGAAGCUCCUGUGAUCAUUCUGUGUAGCCUAGGGAUGCUUGGGACAAUAUUAAUAAGUGAUAUCCUUAAUGUCAUCUUGGAUAUCCGCACGGAGUAGUGGAAAUAAUAAUAAAUGAUGAUGCCUACGCUGUAACUACACAACGCCCAAUAAUAAUAUAAUAUUAAUAAUAAUAACGGUGUUCCACCGCGCUGGAGGCGUUGCGUGCAUGCUGUUUUUCAGCCUCAUCACUCCGUCCUGCGCCGGCGUUUGUUCCGGAGAACGUCUUGCUGCGACGAUCUGUUGCGCUACUUGUAGUGAUGCAUUAAUGUUAUUGUAUGUAACCUCUCAGCGAGCCAUUGCCCGCAGAAGUCGGCGCAAUGAGCUCAUUGCUCAGCCCCCAUUCUCUCACACUCACCCCGUUCUUCGUUGCCUGUCAGGUAGUGCCAUCGGAGCCUAUCGUUGUCUUACCCGGGACCGUUGAAUGUAUACUACAUUACCGUUGGCUUAAAAAUGAGGCAAUGAUUGAUUGAAAUAUCCCCCUUAUGGCCAAAAUUUUUGAUGGUUUCUUUGUUUUUUUAUUUUUUAUUUUUUAUUAUUUUUUUCUCCAUGGCUCACAGCCUUCUUUAGCUGCCGAUAGUCUGUAGGGGCUGAGGCUAACGACGCACACCCCACAGGCUCCAGGGAGAGGAAGGAGCUCGGGAUGCCGUAACGGUCCAGACAGAAACAAGCCAUUCUUUUUAAAACUCCGGGUUUCCAGUUGAGAAAGAUUAUUUGACAUUGCGGGGGAUGCGGUGAUUCCGAGAGAGCGCCCUGGCAUACAGAGAGAACCCUUUUCCAUUGCUUUUUUGAUCAUGGAUAAUUCCAACUCGCGUCCAGAAACUCCAGCGCCUCGAAGAAAUACGCAACAAGAGGCAACUGCUGGAACACCAUUCUUUGGGAGAGCUUUUGGAUAUCCUGCCAGUUCUUCUGCUACUACUCCCAGCCUACCAGGAUCAGAAGAAGCCGCAGAAACACCAAUCCAGGCUGCUAGAAUGCCAACGAGCCUGGAGGUGCGACCUAGUCGAGCUUCUAGCAUCGUAUCGACGAUAACAAAUUCUACGAUCGCUACACUACAAGACGAUGACCGAAGCACUCGAAGUGCUCGAAGCAUUGAUCUCAUGUUAGGCGGAAGGUUAUUCCAUAUCAACCGAGAUGUCCAGCAACCAUGUUGAUACCAGUUUUCGCAAUGGCCCACAGCCACCUGAGCUAGUUACUUCAACCGCACGUACACCUUCGCCGCUGGCUGCCCCUGCACCAAAAAGCCGCAUACAUAUUCCGUUUUGGACGGACAGAUCCCGCCAUCGCCGACUAUCAUCAAGCACAUCACAGAGCAAUACUAAACCUGCUCUGGGGCGACUAAAUUCAAACUCGAUGUUUGACUUAUCAAAGCUACCAAGCGCAAGCCUGUCCAACCCAGAGUCACAACCAAUGGAGGAAAAUGGCGUUUAUCGCAGCCCAUGGGUUAUUACUGGGCCGGAAAGGAUAUCAAUCGUUUCUAAAGGGCGUUCUGCCUCUCAAGGCAACAUACCGGAAAGUGUACAUUCUUGGUAUGAGAAUAAAGACCCAAAACACCAUCUUAGGCGCAGGAACGGCAUUCGACUUCCCAGACUCUUCACCAGUUUAACAAAUAUUAAGUUUGGCAGUACAUCCGACCAAGACCAAGACCCCCCUUCACCUAGCAGCCGGAUUAUACAAUCGGCAGGCCCCAGCUGCGGUACAUACCAGAGAAAAUACGCACAGUCACCCGUAUUCACCGCACGUAGCUCCACCAGUGGAUAUCCCACUCCUUCAUACUCAACCCACCUGUCCCCAGAAGACGGGGCCCCUCAACGCAGGCCCUCGCUCCCCAAUAUCCCCAUGCUCUCUCUAGCCGUCCCCCAGAGCCCGGUAAAAGUCGAAGAGGGCCAUGUAGAUAUUGAACCCCCGCCCCCCAUGGAAGACGAGAAUGACGUUAGUAUCCACUACACGCGGCUAAUCCGCAGCAUUGACCGCGACCACCGCAAGGCGCUGCAUGCGCGCGACAAGGAGCUGGCUGGGAUGCGCGAGCGCCUGAACGAGAUCGACCAGGUCUAUCGGCAGGAACUGAAGUCGCGAGACUUUACCAUUGACGAUAUGCGGAAACGGCUAGAGAAUCUGCAGGAGCAGAUGAAUGGCAGUAUCGAGCGGGCGAAGAAUGAGGUUGAGGACAUGUGGGAGGCGCGGUGGAAGCAUCGUGAUCGCCAUCUUAUGGAGCGCAUGCGUAGGAUUGAGCUUGAAACUCAGAUACAGGUUGAGAAGGCUGUGGCGGAGCACGAUCAAGAGUGGGUGGCUGAGUGGGAGAAGAGGAAUAAUGAGCUUUUGGAGAGGUUGAGGGUUGCUGAGGGUGGCGCUGCUGGUCAGCGUACCUGAGCGGGGUUUUCUUCAAUGAUCAUUAAUACUUAUACUAUAUACUUUAGGAUCACGGUGGUGGUGUGGAGGUAUGCUAGGUGUAUAAUUGUAUAACCGGUGUGCACCGGGGUACACUAAUAAUAAUGAUAAUAAUGAUAAUAAUAAUAUACUACUAAUAUUACAACCACCCCGCACCCGUACUAGGUAGAUCUCCCACCCGAGGGGAAAAUAGAGGGUUUA